AUGGCUGCUGCCAUCGGCGGCAAUGUUCCUGCUCACAUGCAGGCUUCAUUGCCAGCCCUCCCUGCUCAUCUUCAGUCCGACACUCACCUCACUGCCCACCUGGCCAGCAGGUUCCAUGUGAAUCUACCUACCGCACGAUUAUCCUCACAAGCACUGUUAUGCCUCAAUACGUACACCUCAUCAACCAGGGGCAUGAAUGGCAGCAAAGAGGGGAGCGCAAUGGCUGAAGCAGAGGAUUUGGCUCGCAGGGCUUGGACGAGACUGGGAAGUAGAGGUGAAGACCAGGCUGUUGUGUUUUUCGGUGAAUCUGGCGCCGGCAAAACGACUGUACGAUCCCACCUUCUCUCCUCCUUUCUAUCCUUUUCCUCGACUCCUUUGUCUGCGAAACUGUCGCUCGCCGCCUUCGUCUUUGACACCUUAACAACAACUAAAUCACACACUACACAAACCGCUUCCAAGGCUGGUUUGUUCUAUGAGCUCCAAUACGAUGGCUCCUCUUCCAAGCCGACACUCAUUGGUGGCAAACUGCUGGAACACAGACUCGAGAGAGCGCGACUGGCCGCUGUGCCGACAGGUGAACGAAGUUUUCACGCCCUCUACUACCUAGUGGCUGGUACUAGCGCCGCAGAAAAGCAACAUCUAGGACUCAGCAAUUCUUCCAGCGCACCCGCAACUGGAGGCGGACUUCAUAGGUCGACUUCUGUCAAAGGAGACAAGAGAUGGCGUUAUUUGGGACAUCCAACGCAAAUGAAAGUUGGCAUAAACGACGCCGAGGGUUUUCAGCACUUCAAGACCGCCUUGCGCAAGCUCGAAUUUCCUCGUACUGAGAUUGCUGAAAUCUGCCAGAUUCUUGCUGCCAUCUUGCACAUCGGUCAGCUUGAGUUCGGUACUGGUCAACGAACCCUGACUGCAGCGGAAGAAAGUGGUGGGUAUUCGCACGAAGGUGGCGAGACAAUAACAGUGGUCAAGAAUCGUGAGACCUUGGAAUAUGUUGCGGCUUUCCUCGGCUUGAGCGUCCUCGACCUGGAAGAGAGUCUACGUUACAAAACCAACACCAUCCACCGAGAACGUGUUACUGUCAUGCUUGAUCCCAAGGGUGCCAGAGACAACGCAGAUGAAUUGGCAAAAACUCUCUAUUCUUUGCUGGUGGCGUAUAUCAUGGAACAGAUUAAUUCCAGAACCUGCGCAGUGGAAGAAGCCGUUGUCAACACUAUCUCUAUCGUCGAUUUCCCUGGCUUUUCCGAGACGAGCACGACUGGAUCAACCCUAGAUCAAUUGCUCAACAAUGCCGCGACCGAAUCUCUUUACAACAUUUGCUUGCAGAGUUUCUACGAGAAGCGAGCAGAUCAACUUGAGAGUGAAGAAGUAAGUGUCCCUGCCACAAGCUACAUGGACAACUCAGAGACUGUGAGAGGUAUUCUCAAGCACGGCAAUGGCCUCCUUGCUAUACUCGACGAUCAAACCAAACGAGGUCGAACAGAUAUGCAACUGCUCGAGUCCUUACGAAAGCGCUUCGAAGGCAAGAACAAAGCUAUCUCCGUAAGCAGCGCUACGGCCACUCUGCCCGGCAGCAACUUUGCUACAACCAAUUCCAAUGCUUCGUUCACCAUUAAUCACUACGAAGGAGAAGUUGAAUACCCUAUUAGUGGACUCGUCGAGCAAAACAGCGACAUCGUAUCGGGUGAUUUGAUGAACCUGAUUAACAGUACAAAAAGUGACUUUGUGGCUGGCCUGUUCGGCCAAGAGGCCCUUAGUACCAUUGCUCACCCAAAAGAAAAGACAACCAUUGUCCAAGCUCAAGUCAGCUCCAAGCCUACACGCGCACCUAGUGUGUCGAGAAAGAAGUUCCACCAGCUAAACAGAAUGGGUAGUCGAAGAGCAGACAGAUCUCCGGCCGCAAGUCCUGAUGCGGACGACCACUCAACUGAGCGACCAACGUCUAGGCAAGCGAAAGCCAGCGCGACUGGAUUGAGUCAAGGUGCUGCUGCUCAAUUUCUGACUUCUCUGGACAACAUCAAUAAGUUCCUCACAGCUUCCAACACAAACACGUAUUUUGUCUUCUGUCUCAAGCCGAAUGACCGAAGAAUUGCCAAUCAGUUUGAUAGCAAGUGCGUUCGCACCCAAAUUCAGACAUGGGGUAUCGCAGAUUUGAGUCAACGCCUACGUGUGGCAGAUUUCAGCAUCUUCCUGCCUUUCGGAGAGUUCUUGGGCCUGGUGGGUUCCGAAAAUUCACUUGUUGGCAGCCAAUCCGAGCAAGCUCAUCUAGCCAUCGAAGAAAAACAAUGGCCACCCAAUGAAGCUCGAGUUGGCAACACUGGUGUUUUCCUUAGCGAGAGAUGCUGGGCAAGCGUUGCAAUAUCUGGAUCGCAAGCUGCGCAUUACUUUAACGUUGAUGACGAUGGUCUCAGUGUUGGCACUCCAGGUAAUGGGCCGAACCCGUUCAGUGACUCUAAAGCAAGACUUUACGCAUCCACUCAGGAGCUCAGCUAUGGUGAUGAGACAAAAGGAGGUUACUUUGGCAGCAAAGAUCUUGAUACACGAUCUGACGCUGGCGCCUCGGCCUUUAAUGGUGGCGAUAUGUUUCGAAACCUCGAAACCAAAGAGGAACUCGCUGAGAAGGGCAACAAGAAAAAGAUGGUGGAAGUUGACGAAGUGCCUGUCACUGGCAAGAGAAAGCGCUGGCUCUUCCUUGUCUACCUUCUUACCUGGUACUUGCCUGACUUCACGAUCCGCUUUGUUGGUCGCAUGAAACGAAAGGAUAUUCGGGUCGCUUGGCGAGAGAAGCUGGCAAUCAAUCUGCUGAUUUGGCUUAGUUGUCUCUCCGCGGCAUUCUUCAUCGUUAUCUUCCCGGAACUUAUCUGUCCAAGGCAAUAUGUCUUCUCAGCUGAAGAGUUGACAGCACACGACGGCGUAGAUGGUGCCUCAUCCUAUAUUGCCAUUCGUGGAGAAGUCUUCGAUCUUGGCGCUUUCAUGCCAGCCCAUUAUCCUUCCAUCGUACCGCAAUCGAGUCUCAAGAAGUAUGCUGGAGUCGAUGCAACUUCCCUCUUCCCGGUUCAGGUAUCUGCAUUGUGCCAGGGUGUGGACGGCACUAUCGAUCCAACUGUACAACUCGAUUAUGCCUCAACCAACUAUUCUGGUGUCGCUUCAGUGAUCAGCACCAAUGACCCGAAUCGACAGUAUCACGAUUUCCGCUCAUUUACAAAUGAUUCCCGGCCCGACUGGUUUUUCGAGCAGAUGAUGGUUCUCCGUGGCCAAUACAAAAAGGGCAGCAUCGGCUAUACCUCUCAAUAUCUCAAGACUCUUGCUACCAAAGGCAAGCAGAUCGGUAUCAUCAAUGAAAGAAUUUACGACUUCACUACCUACGUUCAGGGUGGCAGGAAUAUUGUUGCUCCGCCAGGUCAGUCAGAACCCUCGGGUGUUAGCACUAACUUCAUGGAUGACUCCGUUGUCGCCUUGUUCCAACAACGAUCUGGACAAGACGUUACCAGAUACUGGGAGGCUCUUUCCCUCGAUUCUGGUCUUCGAUCACGAAUGCAGGUCUGUCUAGACAACCUAUUCUUUGUUGGCGUGCAGGACACUCGCAGCUCGGCACAGUGUCUUUUCGCCCGUUACAUUCUCCUGGCUGUCUCGAUCCUCAUGUGUUCAGUCAUCGCCUUCAAGUUCUUUGCAGCCUUGCAAUUCGGAGGUAAGAACGUCCCCGAGAAUCUUGAUAAGUUCGUUAUCUGCCAGGUUCCUGCCUAUACCGAAGACGAAGACUCAUUGCGUCGAGCCAUCGAUUCAGCUGCCAGAAUGAAGUAUGACGAUAAGAGAAAACUAUUGGUCGUUAUCUGCGACGGUAUGAUUAUUGGUCAGGGUAACGAUAGACCGACGCCACGAAUUGUUCUGGAUAUCCUAGGUGUCUCCGAGACCGUCGACCCCGAGCCAUUGAGCUUUGAGUCUCUUGGCGAAGGCAUGAAGCAACACAAUAUGGGAAAAGUCUACUCGGGUCUUUACGAAGUUCAAGGUCACAUUGUGCCGUUCUUAGUCAUCGUCAAGGUUGGUAAGCCGUCAGAGGUCUCGAAACCUGGAAAUCGUGGUAAGCGUGAUUCCCAAAUGGUUGUCAUGAGAUUCCUCAAUCGUGUGCACUACAACCUACCAAUGAGUCCCCUGGAGCUCGAAAUUCAUCAUCAGAUUCGAAAUAUUAUCGGCGUUAAUCCAACUUUCUACGAAUUCAUGCUGCAAAUCGACGCAGAUACUGUUGUAGCACCAGACUCGGCGACACGCAUGGUAGCAAGCUUAUUACGGGACACACGCAUCAUUGCCGUGUGUGGUGAGACGUCAAUUUCGAAUGCCAAGCAGUCGAUCAUUACCAUGAUUCAAGUGUACGAAUACUACAUCUCCCACAACUUGACGAAAGCCUUCGAAUCUCUCUUUGGCUCGGUCACAUGUUUACCCGGUUGUUUCACCAUGUAUAGGAUCAGAGCUGCCGAAACAGGAAAGCCACUCUUUGUCAGCAAAGAGGUCAUCGAUGACUAUUCAGAGAUUCGUGUCGACACAUUGCACAUGAAGAACUUGUUGCAUCUCGGAGAGGACAGAUACCUAACAACACUCCUGCUCAAAUAUCAUUCGAAGUACAAGACCAAAUACCUCUUCCAUGCUCAUGCUUGGACAGUUGCACCAGACAGCUGGGCUGUGUUUAUGUCACAACGUCGAAGAUGGAUCAACAGUACAGUACACAACUUGAUGGAGCUCAUACCCUUGCAACAACUUUGUGGUUUCUGCUGUUUCAGUAUGAGAUUCGUGGUGUUUAUCGACUUGCUGUCUACCAUUGUUGCUCCAGUGACGGUUGCCUAUAUCGCAUACCUGAUUGUACUGGUAUCGAUAAAUACCGAUGUCGUUCCUUUGACGGCGUUUAUCCUGCUUGGUGCUAUCUACGGUUUGCAGGCUAUCAUUUUCAUCAUUCGCAGGAAGUGGGAGAUGAUCGGCUGGAUGAUCAUAUACAUCCUUGCCAUGCCAGUAUUCUCAUUCGCGCUACCGCUGUAUGCUUUCUGGCACAUGGAUGAUUUCUCCUGGGGUAAUACUCGUCUCGUUACCGGAGAACAUGGCAAACAAGUUCUUAUCUCAGACGAAGGCAAAUUCGAUCCGGACUCGAUACCGAAGAAGAAGUGGGAGGAAUAUCAGGCCGAGCUUUGGGAUGCACAAACACAGAGAGAUGACACCAAAUCUGAGGUGUCUGGGUAUAGCUACGGCACAAAGUCCUAUCAUCCUGCAGCUUCUGUACACGGUGGCGCCCCACCUGUCUAUCAUGAUGGUCAAUACUUACUACCAAUGUCGAGGUCCGCUUCAGCCAUGGAUAUGGUUCCACGAUCAACAUCUCCUUAUAAUGGCGCCUACAAUCAGUCCAGACUAUCCAUGGCCGCAUCUGAGAUGAUGGCGAGGUCUAUGGCUGACAUGGAGAUGGCUGAUCUGACAGGUCUGCCCACUGACGAUCAGAUUCUGAACGAGAUCAGAGACAUUCUCAGGACUGCCGAUUUAAUGACUGUUACGAAGAAGAGUGUCAAGCAGGAAUUGGAGAAAAGGUUUGCAUGCAAUUUGGAUGCUAAGCGGGCGUAUAUUGGUUCUGCAACUGAAGCCAUCCUCUCCGGCCAAUUAUAA